AUGGCAGGAGAUUCGACUUCUUCCCGCAACCGUGUAAGCCCUGCAAGACGCGGUGCGAAGCGUGGGUCCAAGGUUUUCAGCGGCUGCUGGACGUGCAGGGACCGGCGAGUCAAAUGUGAUGAACUUCGACCGAGUUGCAGGAGAUGCGACGGUGCAGGUUUCCAGUGCCAGGGCUACGACAUCAGACUGGUAUGGAAAGGCCCUUUGGGAACUAAGGGACAACCAAGGUCCCCUUCCCUAAUACGACCCCCCUCCCUCUCACCGUCACGCUCUUUCUCUCCAGCAUCUGUCAUACUUCAAGACGAGAAACCCCGGUAUGCUCAAAGGUCCAAUCUUGUGAUAUCCCAACCAGCAUCCAAACCCUCAGCCUUGUCAAGAGCUGAGGUUUCUUCUAUUCAAACUCAUCUCAAGGAUUCAAGAAUCCGCACGCCCAAGUCCUCUUCUUCCACCGGUGGACUAUUCUCCGUUUUCCGCACUACCAGUUUCCCGGCUUCCGCUGAUGCAGUGGACGAUACAACACCCUCCAAGGUUCUUGUAUCGGAAGAGCUAUCAUCUACCCUGGACGAAGCUUUUCUACAUAACUUUCAACGCCCUAUCUAUCAACAAGAUGAACAAUCCGAUCAAGUGACCGCGAUCGGUGCCGGAAUGACCGGUUGCCUAUCAACCUUCGACCACCCUCUUAACCGACAACUGUUUGGAACAUCAUUGCAUCAGCAUGAUUCGACGAUCUUUCAAUCGAUCCUUGGCGACGAUUACAUGGCCGACGACGCUUUAAUAGGCAUGUCUCCCGCCUUCCAUGAUUAUAGCCCACCUUCCAGCUUGAACGGGUCGGAGAUAGAAUUUCUCGAUAGAUUUCGGGGAGUUUCUCAUGAUUUGACCAACAAGGAAGCUGAACAUGAUACCAGUACGGUCUCAGCAAGUCCUUUGCGCGUAAAAAGGCAUGUUGAGUCACCAUCAUCAACUACUUCUCUGGCAGAGGUCCCCCAGCGAUACCUGCCUAGUCACCUGGAUCUCUCAAAUGCCCCAGCAGAGCAAUCGGAGCUUAUCAUGCAUUUCAUCACGACCCUAACUCGGGACAUGACCCCUGUCUACCAAAUUGACAAGCCCCAGCACUCUGCACUGCUACCUGUUGCACUGGCUGGCCUCAGUUCCAAGGCUGGCGAAUUUGAUGGGGAAAUAGCCGUUUGCCACGGUAUAUGCUCAGCAGCUGCUUUCAACCUAUCAAGAUUGAAGCAAAAAGGUCAUGGGGAUCGACUGCAUCAACUCGGUAUUGAACAUCGACAGCUCGCACUUAGCCAUCUGCGGCGGAGUAUGGCUAGGAAGGAACAAUCACGAUGCACAUCUAUCUGGGCUGCAAUCUUGACUUUGCUUAUUUAUGCAGGUGUACAGGGUCAAGCAGAAGAGUGGCGGACUCACGUGAAAGCGUUGCGCUCCCUAGUGGUUGCCAACUUGGACAUAUGUCGACAUGACAUGGUAGCACAAGUAGUGCUUGAAUCUUGUCUAUGCAUAUCUAUCCUGGGGAAUCUAGACGACGAUCCGAUAAUUCAGACGAUGCUUGACGCCGUUCCUUCGACGCCGAGCUAUAUGGAGACCGCACAUGGAGUCAGUAAGUCUCUACUCGAACUCAUUCGCAGGAUCAACGUGCUCGCCCCAACAAUCAAGCCAGGCGUUCCUCGCACGAAAGAAGCCGACCAAUUACACCUGGAGCUUCUCCUUCAUGCUCCUAGCAGCCUAUCAAUACUAGACUCGCAGAUACCUUCCUCUGCCAGGCUUCUCCUACAUUACUCGAAUGUAUAUUAUUUUUCUGCCCUGAUUUAUUUCGAACGUCGGAUUCGCCGCAGAAGUCCCAUGGAGCUUCAAGGUUUCGUGGAAAGGGUCUUGGACCAUCUGGAGGCUGUCGAACUUGAAGCCAACGCAACCACGGGAUGCAUCUGGACAUGGCCAUGCUUGGUCACGGCAGCCGAAUGUACUGAAACAACACUUCAACUCCGUUUGCUCAGGUGGUUCCAAAGCAAACGACGGCAUGGAUUCGCCAAUCUGGACCUUGCGUGUGACAUCGCAAAAGAGGUCUGGAGGCGUAGGGAGCUAUGCCCUGAUAAUCCGGGUGAAGUCUUAUGGCAAGAUGUGACUACUGGGGCGGACUAUGACAUUCUCCCACUAUGA